ACCUUACGGUCACCCUUUGAGUCAGUAGUGCAAAGAUCCUGUGUGGCGAAUGACACGGGUGUCCAAUUCCUGAUCCUGCAAGCACCAGUUAUCACCUAAAAUGUUGCAUUCCAUGUAAAUUGUAUUAAAUUACCGAUGCAUACAGGGUUCAUGAUGAUUCAAGUAUGACAUUGGACAUUCUUUGAAGUCGAAAAGACCCAUGAAAACAUGAUUCCACCGUCUUCUUUUUACUGUGGCUGUGUGGAGGGUUUUUACGGCCGGCCAUGGACGACAGCCCAGCGCAAGAACCUGUUUGCUCUCAUGCGACGACUCAAGCUCAACACGUACAUGUACGCACCGAAAGACGACUGCAAACAUCGGAUGUACUGGCGAGAAAUGUACUCGGUCGAAGAAGCUGAGCAUUUGACCGGACUGAUUGACGCAGCCAAAGAAAACAAUGUAGACUUUGUCUAUGCACUGUCCCCUGGCCUGGAUGUUACCUUCUCCAGUGCCAAAGAAGUCACAUGUCUCAAGAGGAAACUCGAACAGGUUCGCCAGUUUGGAUGUGAGGCGUUCUCUCUACUCUUUGACGACAUUGACACGGAUAUGUGUGCAGCUGAUAAGGAGGUGUUUCAGACCUUUGCCCACGCCCAGGUCUCUGUCACCAACGAGGUCUUUCAGCAUCUCGGACAGCCCAAGUUCCUGUUUUGCCCAACUGAAUAUUGUGCAACAAGAGCAGAACCUUCUGUCCGCAAGUCUGAAUACCUGAGGACACUAGGUGCCAAGCUACUACCAGAUAUCAAAAUCAUGUGGACAGGACCCAAAGUUGUUUCCAAGACGAUAUCGGUUGAGUCCAUACUGGAAUUAACCGAAGUGAUCAAGAGGAAACCGGUCAUCUGGGAUAACGUCCACGCCAAUGAUUACGACCAACAGAGGAUAUUCCUUGGUCCAUUCAAAGGCCGUUCCUCUGAGCUACAUUCCUACGUCAGUGGUAUCCUGACCAACCCCAACUGUGAAUAUGAAGCCAACUACAUUGCCUUGCACACCCUGGCCACGUGGUCGCACUGUUGCGACGGAGACCCUGACGAAAGCAAGGAGGAGCCCAGUGCAGGAAGCCCUUCGGACAAUCCUACCAUUACGGCGGAAAUCAAACUGGAAACAGAAGGGGACAUUGAGUCCGUUCCCCCACACAGGAACUAUCCCAACCACGGGCAGUAUGAUCCGGACUUGGCGUUGAAAGCCGCCGUCACAGAAUGGAUGGAAGUGAUAAUGACUGUCUUGCCUGGAAAUGAGAAACGUUUACUAGCCCCACCUCUGGUGACUGUGCCCCCCACGGCCCCGCCCAUACCCAGUAUCAACACUUGCAUGAGUAUUACAACUCCCACCACGUCCAGCAGCAAAGACAUGCCCUCUCCGGGGGAGGGACAGUUGGCCGAGGAACUCUUGAAAAACAAGGAGGCCUUCGACACCCUGGCCGCAGUCAGCGCGGCGGCCGAGAACUUCAAGCCGAUUCCCAACCCCGUCAACUCGCUGGUGUCCAACGCCUUUGCGCCGGGCGAUCCGUUGGAGCCGAUGGACUGCAACGGGGAUUUCUCCUCCCGGAAGGAGACGGUGCCGAGCUGUGUUGUGCCAACCAAGAUGAGUUCCAACGUCUCCACCACCACCACGACGGUCUGUAAGGUCAGCGAGGUUGCCAUGCAGAUUGACGAAACCGUGGAGAAGGAGUCGGAGGGGAACCACGCACAACCUGAAAACACGUCGAAUUCGCACAGCAAGACCCCAGAGGUGGAAGCGAUGGCAGAGACAAUGACGGACACGGAUACUGAGAUGCAGAGCGAUGGAGCAGAUGCCGACAGCCAACCGGAAGACGUGAACAUUGAGUCUGCCGAGCCUGACUCGGACAUCCCCGACGAGGAUUCAGACUCGGACAAACGGACCAAGAAACUGGCUGCCACGGAGAAGAUCACCGUGGAGGACGUACUGCUCCUGGUGGAACUAUUUUAUCUGCCGUAUGAGCACGGUAGUAGAGCGGUCAAGAUGUUGGAGGAGAUACACUGGUUGAAAACGAAUGCUCAUCAUAUCUGCGAGGCCAAACUCAAAAGCAAUCCAUCUGAUACGGCCGGCGAGUGGGCAGACCGGGCCGCCUCUUUCGUGGACUUCAGCCGCCAGGUGCACCAGGUGAUGAUGCGCCUGCUCAACAUCCCCAACCGCUCCCUACUCUACGACCUCUACCCGUACAUGUGGGACAUGGAGGGGGUGAUUUCCACGCUGGCCUCCUUCGUCAAGUGGCUUGAUCUUGGCAAAGUUCCUCGUAUUGGCUGCUGUUUCAUGGACUAUCAUCCAUCAUGGUGUUCAAAGGGCUACAAGGAAGCCUUCAUGAGCGGUGAUCUAGAACCAUGGGUCUUCCGUGGUGGGCUGACUGCUGAGUUCCAGAGAAUGCUGCCAUUAAACGGAGCUGCAGACCUGUUUUCCAAGAAGCCGUACCUGGUCAGUAGCAAGGUGUACACAAUCAGGCCCUUCUUGCCUGCCGAUGAGGAUGCUGUAUACAGGGUGUGUCUACUCACAUGUGCUGAUGGGGGGGAUGGCUCUGGUCUCUAUCCUGAUCAUCCUCAACUCAUCGGAGACAGGCUUGCGGGUACAUUCCUAACCUUCAGUCGGGAGUACUGCUUCGUCCUCUGUGACCGGGAUGACAUCGUGGGCUACGCUCUGGCCGCCUUCAAUGCCAAGAACUUCAACAAGCAGGUGCAGGUGGCUUGGUUGGAAGAGAUGAAGAGGAAAUACCCCAAGCCUAGUGAGACCAAGAAACCAACUCAGGCACAGAAAACGAUCCUCAGUUUCCAUGAAGACCCCGUGCCCUUAACAGAGUCGCUAUUCAGCCGCUUUCCCUCACAGCUUCGCUUGGACGUCCUGCCGUGUGUGGAGGACACCGGGGUAGUCAAGAACAUGUUGGCCUGCGUCUUGUCGGCACUGAAGACAAGUGGUUCUCACGGUGCUUUCGUUGAGGUCAGCACUGCCAACAAGGGCCACACGGAGUUCUACAACAAACUGGGUUUUGUAGACGUCUCCGACUCCGGGGGGAAUCCCGACGAAGUUGCUAUCCUCGGAAGAAUCAUAUGAAACCCCCCGAAAAAAUCUUCCUCCAAAGAAAAACAACUCCAAAAACAAAAAUAAAGUAGCAUUAUCUAUUGGUUUUCAUUCCAAACCAAUGUUUGUAAAGGUUUAACAACUGAGUUUUGUCAUCUGACUCUUGUGGAGUAAUUUACCCCUGCUGAAUUCGAUGCUGCUUGCCGAAAGAACCAGUUUACCGCACUGAGAGUUCGGAUGGGUCAGGUUUUCAACGGUACUUAACACGCUCGCUCUUGUUUCAGUUUAUUUUAUACCUGUAAUUGAAUCGUUAGAAUUGGCACAGUGAGAUUGUUACAAUUUGUAUCCAUGCAGUAAGCCAGUUCGGUAUCGCGAUGAAGUAGUCCAGGUCAAAGUUCAUUCGGGAUAAAAUUGCUGAUGUGAUGUUACGUGAUGUUACGCGAACACCCAUUCUGCUCGUGCACCCGUCUCCCUGCGCGCUCAUGCGCUUUUGAUGAGCGUUCAAUUGUCCUGAAUGACCCGUGACCCAUAUCAUUGUGCGCAUGUGCAGUUGAAAUACCAAACUGGCUUAUUCUGCUAAAAGCAGUCGGAGCAAAGUCCUAUUAUUUAAAACCGUAAUUCACAUUUGUUGGUGCCCCUGAUAAAACAAGUGGUACAUUGUACAUGUAUGUACAUGUAAUAGAUAAGACACAAUCAUAGAGCUAUAUCUAAUUACUAGAGCGCUGACUCCAUGUACAAAGUGAUGCCUGCUGGGCGCAUCCAUGAUUGUGGAAAAACUCAAAAUGGAAAACUCAAAAUUGUGUACGGCUUUUGUACGGCUAUUUGCAUAUCUGCAUUUGUAUUCUAUACAGGUACGUUAUCAAAGCCGCCACACCCAAAACCGCAAAUCAUAAUCAGUAAAUGAACGCUUCAUUUUGCUCUACGCAAACAUUGCAAAUGCGAGCGCGUAUCCACUGCAGAUAAUUUUUGCCGUGACGUUUUUUUCACCGUCAUGACGCGCUUAAGUUGUUUGCAUGUGUUGUUCUUGUGCGUUGCAUUUAUAGAGUACACUUUCAAAAUUCACUCCAUCUAAUUUCAUUAUGUUCAGCAAACACGCACAUGAAUUCAAAAUGUCUGUGCGCAGGACGGCUUCAAAGUACCUCUGCACGGAAGAAUGAGGAGUUAGCACUCUAGUAAUUUAAUAUAGCUCUAUGGACACAAUAGAAAAUUGUGGAAAUUAAACAAUUUUUUUAUCGUUGCAAAUUAUCCUAAUAAAUCAGCCUAAAUAUAACACUGAAAAAAUUCCUGUGCUUAUGCCCCCCAGAGAAUUGUUUAUACAAAAACAAUCAUACUGAAACAAUAGUUUCUUAAAUGAAUUUCAGAUAUUCAACAGAUUGGGAUAUUGUUUUUUUUUCCAAUAAUUAUGUAAGUCCCACUUUUUGUUGUCAAUCAUGUUCUGGCUAUUUGGAUAAUUGUGUUGCUUACCUCGCACAAAAACAGUAUUUGUGUUUUCUUCGGUGUAUUAGUUUGCAAAGAAAAAAUUAGUCUGUGGUAUUUAGGGA